AUGGCUUCCAUUGCGGCGGGGUUUCAUGCGCUCGCGUUGAUUCUCUUUGUAUCGGUUUCUGCAAUGGCGGCUCCACCCCUAAAGGUGGGAUACUACCUAUAUACUUGCCCGUUGGCAGAACUUAUCAUCAGCAAAACCGUGUCCGAUGCAGUCUCGAGGAACCCUGGGAUGGCGGCCGGUCUGGUUCGCAUGCAUUUUCACGACUGCUUUGUUAGGGGCUGUGAUGCUUCAGUGCUCUUAAAAUCAACCCCAGGAAACCCGGCAGAAAGAGAUCACCCCGCAAACAACCCUAGCCUCCGAGGGUUUGAAAUCAUCGAUCAGGCCAAGGCCCAGCUUGAAGCCUUGUGCCCCAUGACCGUCUCGUGCGCUGACAUCAUCGCUUUCGCCGCCCGUGACAGUGCCCACAAGACUGGGGGUAUAUACUACAACGUCCCUGCUGGCCGCCGCGACGGCCGCGUCUCUCGCCUCGCGGAAGUUCCACAGAACCUCCCGCCGCCAACCUUCAAUGCCCAACAGCUCAUUGCCAACUUCGCUAGGAAAGGGCUCUCGGUGGAUGAGAUGGUGACCCUCUCAGGAGCGCACUCGAUCGGAGUCUCCCACUGCUCUUCCUUCUCAAGCCGCCUCUACGCGUUCAACGUCACCUUCGCCCAAGAUCCUUCCUUGGACCCUGCGUACGCCGCUUAUUUGAAGACCAAGUGCCCGCCACCGAGCAAUGCGAACCAGGCAAACCCGACCGUGCCACUUGAUAGCAUCACAGCCAACACUUUGGACAACAGCUACUACCUUCAGUUGUUGAAGCUCCGCGGCUUGUUGACUUCAGACGAGACGUUGUACACUAGUCCCUCAACUUCGGGGAUGGUCGUGAACAAUGUGAAGAACGGCUUUGGUUGGAGCAUGAAGUUCGCCAACGCAAUGGUGAAGAUGGGCUCGAUCGACGUGCUCACUGGUAAUCAAGGAGAGAUCAGGAAGCUGUGCAGUGUUGUGAAUUGA